AUGUCAGGAAAAUGGAUGGUCACUGUGUACUUAGCACUGAGUACUAAGAGAAUAGACAUCAGGAAUUAUCAGAGUCUCUUGGCCUUUGUAUUUGCUGUCACUGAAAUAAACAAGAACCCAAGACUGCUGCCCAAUAUCACUCUGGGCUUCCAUAUUGUAGAUCACUGUUUGACUGAAGCAAUGGCAACAAUUGGAAUGAUUAACAUUCUGACUGGAAAAGGGCUUCCCAUCCCUAACUAUCGCUGGGGCCUUUCACCUAACUUGGUGGCUGUUGUGGAUGGCAUAUCUUCCAAAGUGACUCUCCUUAUAGCCAGAAUGUUUGGCAUUUACAGAUUCCCACAGAUGCACAAGUAUAUAAAGAAAGUCAGUAUUACAGGUGGGGACGGGAAUGAGUUACAUUUUGAUGAGAAUGGAGAUAUGCCUUCUGACUUUGACAUUUUAAACUGGAUUGUCUACCCAAAUCAGACUCUUGAUGGCAUCAAAGUAGGAACAUAUGCACAGAGAUCUGCCUCCCAGGAACUGAGAAUAAAUGAAAGUCUAAUACGAUGGAGCCCAUCUUUUAAUGAAACCCCACGUACACCUUGCAGUGAAACCUGCCUUAUUGGGUUUAGGAAUAAACCUAAAGAAGGAUUCCCUGAGUGCUGCAAUGACUGUGCACCCUGCCCAGAGGGAGAGAUAUGCAACCAGACAGAAAUGGCAGAGCUUUCUAAUCCAGAAACCAUGAUUUAUUCCAUGACUGGCAAGCCAGCAAGCAGCAACCAUCCAGCUAUUGUGAACUGGAACCCCCAGUGCAACCAUUGUAAUGCUGUCAGAGCCACAUUACUUUAUUCCAAAUGUAAUAAAUAGAACAAUAUGACAAGUAAACACUAUAAUCACUCACAUGUCUUAUAUGGAUUUGCAGUGGACAUGACAUGGUAAUAUGUUGAGUGAAGUCAGCUCCAUAUUAUGGGUGGUGAGCGGGGGUUAUACCAGGAUUUCUUAAUCUUUAUUUUAAAGCACCCUGUGGGAAUCAGGGAAUUUUUUUUUU